AUCCCUAGGACCCUUAUCCUUUCCUCAGUUCCUGACUCGGACUCGCCAAAGCGCAUCACAACCCAACACAGCGAAAAGAUAGCAUGGCUUCUUCUCGCUCAUAGAAUCUCUCUCUCUCUCUCUCUCCGAAAGGAUCUAUGGCGAUUCAACCUGGCGUUAAUGGAACAGCUCUCGCACACUCAUUUCCUCCUCUAAAACUCGGUUUCAAGCCCUUCACAGCAUCAAUCUCCAUAAAGCCAAAGUCCACUCCGUUACAUCUAUUGCCACUUUCCGAAUUAAAACAAAGACCUAACAGAAGAGAACUGAGACUAUCCGCUUCGGUUGCUGCAGCUGAAGCCGUUGAAGAAGAAACAUCCAACGAUGACUCAGCUCCCGAACCCCUCGAAGAAAAAGAGAAGCUUGGAGUGGCUGUCAAGCCGAUGGAGAAACCAAGGCUUGUAUUGAAGUUCAUUUGGAUGGAGAAGAACAUUGGUAUUUCGCUCGACCAGAAGAUACCGGGCCAUGGCACCAUCCCUCUAAGCCCUUACUACUUUUGGCCGAGGAAGGACGCCUGGGAAGAACUUAAGUCCUUGUUGGAGAGAAAACCAUGGAUAUCUCAGAAGAGGAUGAUUAUCCUUCUUAAUCAGGCUACUGACAUCAUCAAUUUAUGGCAACAAAGUGGCGGCAAUUUGUCGUAAACAGUAACUUCAUAAAAAUAAUAUAUUUCAGCACAUAUCCCUGUUGUAGCUUAUUUUUUUGCUUAGUUGAAGACUUCAAGUUUUGUGUUACUCUAAACUGGAGCAUUAUAGUUCUUGGGCUUCUUGUAUUUUAUUUCAUCUGAUUUUAGUGAAAUCUCGACUUUUGUCAGCUUCUAGGUUGCUGUAAAACCACAUUCGUCUAAAUGGCCUUGCUAUGUAUUGGCAAUGUAUGAGCACUUGGUUCUUAGUGACGAAACUUGGCUAUUUUUGGUA